AUGGGGCCCAAUAACCUUGGCUUCAUCGAAGGAAACGCCUGGAAGGACAUCUACGGCAUGCGUCGUCGCGGCCAAUUUGAGAAAGCAUACGAGUACUACCGUGAAGGACCGGAAGGACCCAUUAGCUUGCUGAACGCUGGGCCCGAGGAACACGCGAGACUACGCAAGUGGGUUUCACCGUAUUUUUCGGAUCGUGGCAUGAAGGAGCAAGAACCGAUGAUCGGCGGUUACGUUGACUUGCUUCUCAAGCGACUUCAUGAGAACUGCGAUGAUGGUACCCGCGCGCUUGAUCUCCGUGACUGGUUUAACUUCUGCACCUUCGACAUCCUUGGCGAACUUGCUUUCUCCAGCUCUUUUGGAUGCCUCGAGUCAGCAGAAUAUCAUCCCUGGGUAAAGAUCAUUGCAUUUCAGCAGAAAGAGAUUGAGUGGAUCGGUGAGCUGAACCGGCAGGGAUUGAGGUUUAUCACAGCUAUUAUCAUGAAGAUACUCGCCAAGAACAAGUUGGAAUUUAUGGGUUACACGAUUCAGAAGUUACAAAGUCGCAUUCAGUCGGGUAAACAAGCAGAUAUCAUUGAGUCCCUGCUCAAUAACAAAGAAGGAAUGAUACCAGAGCAGAGCGGGACUAAUCAGAGAGAGCAGAAGCUUGACAUGGAUCGCCUUGUCCAGAAUUCGACGCUUCUCAUCGCGGCUGGGUCAGAGACCACAGCGACGCUGCUCACGGCAACUUCGUUCCUUCUGCUAUCGAAUCCUGAGGCAUAUCAGAAAGUUGUAGAAGAAGUCAGAUCUUCAUUUUCUGAUCCGUCAGACAUUACUCUUCUAUCCGUCAACAAACUCCCUUACAUGUUGGCCUGCCUGGACGAGGCGCUGCGUGUGUUCCCGGUAGUUCCUUCUUGGUUGCCCCGACGAGUCACGCAUGGUACCGCUAUCAUUGAUGGCAAUAUCGUACCCGAAGGUUGUCUUGUCGCUACUUGGCAGUGGGCGAUGUAUCAUAACGAACUGAACUUUACUAAACCCUUAGAAUAUCAUCCCGAGCGUUUCCUCGGAGAUCCGAGCUUCUCGAAGGAUAGGCUGGACGCAUUCCAACCUUUCAGCAUGGGCCACGCAGACUGUGUCGGUCGCAACCUCGCAUACUCUGAGAUGCGUCUUAUCCUAGCAAGGAUUUUGUUCAGCUUCGAUCUGAAGCUAGCGGACGAGGGCAGUGACUGGAUAAAGGGUCAAAAAGUUUAUAUCGUGUGGCAAAAGCCGUCUCUAAAUGUGUAUCUCAAGCCAGUCAAGCGAUGA